AAACAGAUCGGCAAUUGGUUGCCUUGAACUGGAAGAAGUGCUGGUGAUGUUCUAAUCAUGUCAGAUAAAGAUGGUAUUGAGACACCAGUGGUAACUGAAGCAAACUUCAUCCAUGAAGAUGGAAACUGUGAGCCAGCUGAGAAUUCUGAGUCUGUUGACCAAAGUGCCAAGCCAGAGAGUAAAUCAGAACCUGUAGUGUCUACUCGGAAAAGACCAGAGGUCAAACCUUCCAGUGACCUUGAGACUUCAAAAGUUCUCGCUGCUCAGGAGGCUGUUUCCAAAGAUGUACCGCAGACCAGUUGGGGCUACUGGGGCAGCUGGGGCAAGUCCUUACUCUCCUCAGCCUCAGCUACAGUAGCCACAGUGGGACAAAGUAUUUCAAAUGUCAUUGAAAAGGCAGAGACUUCCCUAGGAAUUCCUAAUCCCAAUGAAAUUUCAACUGAAGUCACGCAUGCAGGAGGAGAAACAAAUUCCAAAGAGAAUGAAAACUCUUCACAAGUGACUGGGCCAUUUGGUGUAUUAUCAACUAUCUCUACCGCUGUUCAGAGCACUGGAAAGAGUGUUAUCAGUGGGGGUUUAGAUGCCUUAGAAUACAUUGGGAAAAAGACAAUGGAUGUAAUAGCAGAAGGGGAUCCUGGAUUUAAAAGAACCAAGGGUCUGAUGAACAGAAAUUCUACGUUAUCUCAGGUUUUACGAGAGGCAAAGGAGAGAGAACUAUGGACCGCCAAUGAGGUAACCAUGGAAACAAACAAGAAAACUCAUUAUGGGCUAUUCUUUGAUGAAUUUCAAGGCCUCUCACAUCUUGAAGCUCUGGAGAUGCUUUCCCGAGAAAGUGAAAUAAAGGUGAAAGCUAUCCUUAAUUCUCUGAGUGGAGAAGAAUUAGAGACUAUAACACUUGAAUUAGAACAACUCAAAGAAGCAUUUUCCCUAGCAGAAUUUUGUGAGGAAGAAGAAGAAGAAAAAAAAGGUGAUGAAGAUUUUACAGAAGAGAUAACAGAGCUAUUUACCCAGCUGCACAUCUCCUCCAAACCAGAAAAACUUGCCAGGGCAAGAAAUGCAACCUAUGAAUGGACCAGGGCAUGUCUGGCCAAACCAAUAGCAGAGAAAGAAGAAGGAGAAAAACAGCUGGAAGCAGGAAAUACUGUAGAAGUCAGCAAGAAUUCAAUAGAGAAUAUCCAUGCGUUUGCAAUCAGAAGCCUAGCAGAAUUGACUGCCUACUCAAUUGAACUGUUCCACAAAACAGCAGCAUUGGUUCUGCAUGACCAGAAGCAGGAAGUGACAGCCAUAGGAAGAAGCCAAACACUUUCCCAGAUGACAGUUAUGUUAUGUAAAGAACUAUCCUCUCUGUCUAAAGAGUUCACCACCUGCCUAACAACUGCUGGGGUCAAAGAAAAGGCAGAUGUUCUUAAUCCAUUGAUUACUUCAGUAUUUCUAGAGGCAUCAAACAGUGCCUCCUACAUUCAAGAUGCCUUUCAUCUACUCUUGCCUGUGCUGGAGAUCUCUCUUAUUGAAAAUAAGACUGAAUCACCCAGGCAUGAGUUCCAAGCCCAGAGGUCUUUGUCAGAACAUUGAAGAACAGAGAAUAUGUGACCUGAGAUUUAUGAUGUGCAAGAAAUGCUACUUUCUUCAGGGAACCCCUGCAAAAAUAAAUGAAAAGAGUUAUUUUAGUAUAUAAAAAUUUAGGCAAUAUGACAGGUUUAAAGAGGAUGUUUGUUUCCUUACUUGGCUGAAGUAGUCACGUUCUCACACUGUUCUUCCCAGUUGUUAUAAUUAAUAAAUUAUUUGGAAAAAAAAAGUUUGUAGAGAGCUCUAGAAUAGCUCUAGGUAAAGGCUAAUGGGACACUCAGGCAAAAAUGUUGGUCUUUCUUUAAUAUGUUGCAAAACACAAUUUUUGUCAUGGAUAUAAUUUGCAGGCUGUGGGUGAAAUUAGUUGUUAAGCAGGAAAAAAAUUAAUUUGGCAUUCUAGAAUUUAUAACAUGCUUGGUUUAUUAAUGUCAGGGAAUUUGUUCUUUUUAGAAUAAAAUCUAUGGUUUUAAGAGAAUUGA